CAAAAUUAGCUUACACAAAAAAGCAAUUAUUUCUUAUAUUUAAUUCUAAUUUAUUUAAUUUUAAUUUUGUUGACGUUGUUAUUGACGUGUUAACCACACGCUUACCAAGAAACAAAAUGAUUCAGAGAUGUAUUUUAUUUGAGUUAGCAUCGAAUCUUCGCACAUGUAAGAUAACACGCAAUCAUCAACAUGGAUUCGAGACUUUUUAAAAUAUCACUGUUACUUUACUUUUUAACUAAAACAACUGGCAUGGUAAUAAAUAUUAAUGCAAGUUAUUUCUGUUGGAUACCAGAUGAAAAUCUUUCCCAAACCCAUCACGUUUGCGAUAGAAAUUAUUAUUACCAACCAACAGAUGAGUUUGAACUUAACGAAAAUUAUAAUGAGACUCAUGUAUGGUUUGAUGUUGACCACCGAUUAUGUACAGCAAAAUUAAAUGAUGUUAUUCAAAUUGCGAUUUGCGAAGAGAACAAAUCAGCCGCAGGAUGUGGACAUGUUACACUACCACCAAGGUGUGGAAGAGACAUUUACGGGAAUCCCAUUAAAUGUAACAAUCAAUUCAACUAACAUUUCGUAGAAUUUUGUUUGUUAUUCAUUUUAUGAAAUGCAAUAAUAUCCAAUAA